UGGACAGCCAGGAGUCUACUUAUAAGAGGAAGAACACCAAAUUCAAUGUAAUGUUACAGAAUAUUCCCCCAACAAAUAAACCCUGGUGUGGCAUCACGAUAGCUCUAGUUCUCAUUUGUGCUGUUACACUGUUGUAUGUUAAGGCAUCUAGACAAGAUGAUACUGUAGCAGGAAAGAGAGAUAGUGAUUGUAAAACUGAUGGUGCUUACAUUAGAAAAACACAUGCAGCACCAACAACAGCUGUGACUUCAGCCAUGACAACAGCUGUGACAUCAUUAGCUGCCAUGACGACAACCCCAACUGUGACACCACCACCAGCCAUGACACCACCACCCUCAGCCGUGACAACACUAACACUACCCUCAGAUAUGACGGCACCAUCAGCUGUGCCAAGAACACUGACUACUAGAAUCAAUAGCCCUGCAGCACCGGCAAAUAUACAACUAUGGACCAAAAGGAUGUGGAACUAGAAUGCAAAUAGUACCUCACUUGUGUCAAAUGUUUCAGUUUGAUGAUAGUAACAGUGGAAUUCAACCAAAUUGUCCAAUUAUGGGCAGUUCUACUGAACUUGACUACUAUUGGCAAUUCUUCAGUAAUACACUGUUGAAAAUUAUUGAUGAUUAAAAAAAUAACCAUUACAAGUAUACAGUGGCCAACAUUAUAUUUAAGUGAAAUCUCAGCUUUGAAAGUGGAAAGACAUUAUUGCUGCAGAGCUGUAUUUAUUCUCUGCAACACUAAUGCUGAUGCUACAUACUAGGGCUAGAAUACCUAAUUUUUUUUGCUGAUACUGACACCGUCAAAAUUAGCCAAUACUGAUUCUGAUAUCAAAAUGGUCAAUGCCCACCAAUACAAUUAUUCAGUUUCAGGUUGAUUGAUACCACCAAAACUAGGCAAUAUUGGUGGACCCUCGACCAGCGAUGGCAUCGAUUAAUGAUAAAUCUGACUAGCGAUACAUUUUAUCGCAAAAUUUUUGCCUCGAUUAGCGCUAAAAAAGUCGACCAACACUA